AUGGAGGACGAUCAGCAGUUCUGUCUUCGAUGGAAUAACCACCAAAGCACAUUGAUCAGUGUAUUUGACACACUAUUAGAAAACCAGACUCUCGUCGACUGCACGUUAGCCGCAGAGGGACAAUUUCUUAAGGCUCAUAAAGUGGUACUGUCUGCAUGCAGUCCAUUUUUUGCAACUCUGCUACAGCAGCAGUAUGAUAAACAUCCAAUAUUCAUUUUGAAGGAUGUCAAAUAUCAAGAAUUGCGUGCCAUGAUGGACUACAUGUAUCGUGGGGAAGUUAAUAUUUCGCAGGAUCAAUUAGCAGCGCUGUUAAAAGCUGCUGAAUCAUUGCAAAUUAAAGGCCUCUCUGACAAUCGGAGUGGUAGUACGCCGAAAACAGAACAACAUCGCGGUUUAAAUGUACCUGCAAGUGGUAGCGGAGCUAAAUUGAGCGGGUAUACACUCGAACAAACGCAGUCUAAACGCCCUCGAGUUGUACCAUCCUCAAUGGAAACGGCAGAUAUUUCAGGCUCACGAGAGGGCUCCUCCAGCCCUUCUAGGCGCCGAAGGAAAAUUAGACGCAGAAGUAUUGAAAACACCAUGACUGCAGAUGUUCAUGACAAUUCCAACUCUUCUCAAAUGAACCAACCACUUCAGCCACAACAACAGCAACCACAAUCCAAUGUAAGUCUAUCUGGAGUUGGAGCCAUAUCGGCAGCCAGUUCUUCACUUCCCGUUCCGGCAUCCGCACUAUCGUCGGCUUCAAGUGGGGUUUUAGCAGCAACCGGUUCAAUAGUUAGCACACAAGGCACUCAGCAAAUGACCACAAACAUUACCAAAAAGACUGAAAGCGUUAAGGGAGCAAACGAUGUAAUGAAUUCAGAAAAUAUACAAGUUGCAGGUGUAGCUGGUACCGGUGAAGAUCACAGUGCAGAACAUUUAAAGGGUGAAAAGUCUAAUCACAAACAAAAGUCAUCGACAACUGGUGUUGCUACAAAAGAAACUGCCGAAAUGGUAAUCGAACCCAAAAGUGAAUAUGAGGAAGAAGGAAAUGAGGGAACCGUUGAGGAUCUAACACUUGAUGAUGAAGAAAUGGGCAUGGAAGAUUUGGAUCAAAAUGCCGGUACUAGUCAAGCUGGUGAAGGAUCAAGUCAAGGAUAUGCGCCAUGGCAACAUGAUAGAUCUCAAGAUGACCUUUUAAUGGCGCAACAAGAAGCACAGCAAAGGGAUCCACAAGAUGAAGCGCUAAAGGUGGUCUCCGGCAGUUCGGCGAUUGCAGCACGUGUGUCUAGUGAUCACCUUACAGCAGGCUGCACCGCGUACAAUUCCGAAGCACAAUCGCAGUCCCAAAGUGAAUCUCGUAUCCGCGUGCGUGACUGGCUAAUGCUUGCCGACCAGUCAAUAUUACAAAAAACCAUAGACCAACAACCAGACAAAUCACUAAUCACAAGCACUAAUGAGACCACUAACACCAUUACAUCUGCUGCCGAAAUGGCAAUUGAAGACGCCAGCACACACAUCCCUUCAUCAGUAUCUGCAGCGAUUGUUCCAUUGGGUGCAACCACAGUGGUCACCGCAUCAACAACAUCGUCAACCAAACAGCCAACUUUGAUGCGGAUCGGUAGUAUUGGUCGAACCACGAUAACAUGCGUAGCACCCCGGGUCGCAAGCAAUGAUACUGAAAUCAAUUUGCUAAAUAAUGGCAACAUGGGUGUGAUAUCGGCGGCGGCUCUAGCUGCUGCAGGUGUGGAGCUCGAAUCUGUGGAUGAGAGUAUGACCGAGGUGCUGGUGAAAAUUGAGAAUUCAUCUUCCUCGACACAAGAUGAGGAUAUGGAUAUGGAUAUGGAAGCUGAGGGCGAUGAAAACGGCGAAGGCGAUUUUAUUGGUGAAGAAGAGCAGCAAACAGGUGAUAGUGGAAAGGAACCAGAUUUCAAUUAUGAAUUAAAAUUAUCUAGUCCAAUGUCAUGGGCGUUUGAUACGGUAAAAAUAGAGAAUGAAGAAGAAUUCGAAGACAUUCUUUCCGGGGAAAAUGACACAACCAACACCGAAGAUGAAGACGACCUGCUAACAACGGCAGCUGCAACUACGAAACAAGCAGCCGUAAAUUCGUCCGAUCAACAACCUACAGCAUCGCUAAGCAUUUCCCCAAAGGAGACGACUGAGUCGCUUAUUAUACAGAACCCAUCCUCGAAUAGCUCCGAUAGUGCGCUGCUCAAAUGCAAGCAACGUGGUGUCGGUAAGAGGCGCACACAUAUAGAAAGCAAGCAAGAAACAUCGUUGCCAUCAGUACAGCAACAACUGUUGCUUUUGGAGCAACAGCAGCAUCUACAACAUUUGCAAUUGAGACCGACUCAGCAGACAUUGCAAUUCAAACUUGCUUCUAUUCCUGCAACAAUCACAUCGUUUACAACAACAACAACUACAGCAGCAGCAGCAACAGCAAGCAACAAUGACAGCAGUGGGGCGAAUGAAGACAACGUCACUGUCGGUACAGAUGUUGGAGCCGAGCCGAAUAGCAAACAAGACUCGACCAUGGGCCACACCAAUAAAAAUACCGAUUUCAAAUCGUCCGUUUCCGAUGACAAGAGAUAUCGUAUACUCGUGCAGAAUCAACGCAUGAGAAAAGAAUCGCUCGAACACUCGGAAGAUAUGAUAUAUAACGCAGAUAUCGAGAAGCCAUGGGUAUGCCGUAAUUGUAACCGAAAUUAUAAAUGGAAAAAUAGUCUCAAGUGUCAUUUGAAAAACGAAUGCGGCCAACCGCCACGCUAUUUCUGCAGCAAACUUUGCGGCUAUGCAACGAACGUGCACAGCAAUUUGAAGCGUCAUUUGAAUACCAAAUGCCGAGAUCGCAUGGAAGAAGAUCAAAAAACUAAUACCAGCACCUAUACCCUUGUAUUUCAACAAAAUGAAUAAACGUCCACCCAUUGGGAAUGUAUAUGAAUGAAUGCCAUGAUAGUCGGGAAGAAGAAGACUAAAUUAAUGAUUAACUGCAACCGAUCGACUAUUACAGUUAGCCAGCCAUACGGAUGCUUUGUAAAAUUUGGCUAAAAAAGUUCAAAGCCGGUCGUUAUAUAUGUUAUAUACGUGUACAUGUACAUUUCCUCUACACAUAGCAAAGCAUUAUUAAUUUAAAUAAUUUGUAGUAUAUAUUUAUCUAUGUAAAUGGAAUAUUCCGGAUUUUGGGAUUUCGAAUUUAGUUUAAUAAUUGAAUCGGCGCUAGUCAAAGUGAACCAAACAUAUAUAAUAUGAUUUUAUAAGCAUUAUAUUUUUGAUUUUUAUUCAUUUUUAUUUCGUUAUUACCUAUUUCAUUGUAGGAGUUGAAGUGCAAAAGCAAAUUAUUUAUGAAAGCAACAUUACCUAGUCAAAUGAUGAUUCCAAUUAUUUUAGAAAAUUUAACUACAUUUAGAUAUUUAUUAUAUCAUACGUACGAGUAUGUAUUUGAAAACGCAAUUUAUAGAUUGCUUCUAUUUUAAUUUAAUUAUUUAUUAACAACAAAAUAUUUUCGAACAACUUUUUAUAAAUAUUCUCUUCAGUGUUAACGGAAGACAAAUGCACUAAAGUACAUAUAUAUAUAUAUAUUUAUAUAUAUAUAUAUACUGUAUGUUAAAUACUAUAUUAUUAUACAUAUACAUAAUAUAUUAGCGCUUGCUCUGUUUUUGAAAUAUCAUAUACGAUACGGUAAAGCUGCAAUAUUGUAAAAAAAAAAUACAAAAUAAUAAAAAUAAUAGAAACAACAAAUGCACACUUAGUCACAUAAAUAAAGUUUUAAAAGACUAACGUUGCAUUCGUUUCAACUCAAACGUUUACAAUUCAAUAAAGUCAUCUCCAACAAAGUCAGCAUAAAUAUUUAUUUAUAAUUUAUCUAUAAAUUGCUUGGACAAAGGUAUAAAUAACAAAAGAAAUCUGUACACAUGAGAAUAAAUUUAUUAAUAAAAACACAUUUGAAGCAAACGGACGAAAUGUAAAGAAUUUGCAAUUUUAUUAAAUAACGGUUUCGCAUUGGUCCUCUUCAAAUCGGCGAUUCCCUUGCUGCUCGUCCUACAUAUGAGCUAAUAAAUUCGACGUUUCCAUUUGAGUCUAUAUCAUAAUCAUUCCCCACAUCAUAGAACAACUUUUUACUUUGAACGGCUUAUUUUUUUAUGUUUGCUUAAUAUGGAACUUUCACUAACCAGUUUUCUCUUUUAGGUACAUUCUGGCAUGCACGGUGCUUGGUUUGCAGUUCUUCAGUUCUAUAUAAUUUCCUUUUGACGAGAAAGAUUGUACUAUUCAACUUAAUAUUUAAUAAAUAUUCUUAU